AUGACUGCUUGCAAUGCCUCACAGGGCCACCCUUCUUUCUUCAUUCUCCAAGGCAUUCCUGGCAUGGAGGACAAACACAAAUGGAUAGCUAUCCCAUUUUCCUCCGUGUAUUUCAUUACUGUGCUUGGGAACUGCACCAUCCUCCUCACCAUUUCCACAGAGCGCUCCCUGCACAAACCCAUGUUUCUGCUCCUCUGCCUGUUGGCCCUCACAGACCUGGGCAUGUCUACAACCACCAUUCCCAAGGUGCUGUGCAUUUUCUGCUUUGGCCAGAGUGAGAUCAGCUAUGAAGGCUGCCUGGUUCAGCUGUUCUUCAUCCACUCCAUCUCGGCCAUGCAGUCAGCUGUCCUGAUGACCAUGGCUUUUGAUCGCUAUGUGGCCAUCUGCAAGCCCUUGCACUAUGCCACUAUCCUUUCCAAUAGUCGCAUUGGACUCAUUAGUCUAGUGAGUUUGGUAAGAGCUAUCCUCUUUAUUCUCCCCAUGCCCAUCCUCCUUCAGCAAAUGCCCUAUCAUGCCAAUCAUGUCAUCCCCACCACCUACUGUGAGCACAUGGCUGUUGUGAAGAUGGUUUGUGUAGAUACUACACUCAACCGGAUUUAUGGCCUGGUGGUGGCCUUGUUGGUUGCUGGGCUAGACCUCUCAGCUAUUGCUUCAUCUUACGUGCUAAUCAUCCAGGCUAUACUGCGUCUCUCUUCUAAGGAAGCCCACCACAAAGCAGUCAACACCUGCACCACACACAUCUGUGUCAUGCUUAUUUCUUAUACUCCCUCACUUUUCUCUUUUCUCACUCACCGCUUUGGCCAAGGCAUUCCACCCCAUGUCCACACCAUUCUUGGCAACCUCUACUUCCUUGUACCUCCAAUGCUCAAUCCUAUAAUUUAUGGAGUGAAAACUAAGGAGUUCUGGGACAAAGUGACCAAAUAUGGUUGCUGGAGAAAAGAACCUGCAACCACCGCCCAUGGCCAGAAACUUGUCUGCUAAUCCAGCAUCUGUGAGUUUGAGGAAGGAAUGUUAAGUAGAUGCAGUUCCUGAGGAAAUAAGCUAGUGAUAGAAAUGUGUUAUAUUGGCCGAUUUAGCUGACAAGACAUUUGUCGGUGGUCAGAGAGGCCUAGGCAUAGGAGACCUUUUGGUCUCAGUAACUCCAAAGCAAGGAAAUUAUCCCCACUGUGAAAUGAAAAUAAUGACAUUUUCUCUCUAUACCUGACACAGGGGUUGUACAAAUUACAUGUUAUAUGUCUAUAAAAGCACUUUGAACGACAGACAGACAGACAGACAGACACACACACACACACACACACACACACACACUGAACACAUGCAAAAUGAGUAGAAUGUUUUCAUGUGGUGAGGACAUAUGAGCAGCGAGUAACUUGCCCAUCUUCAAAUCAAUGAGUUGUAGAAUGCUACUUACUUUGCCAAGAUAAGGCUGAGUUGUGUGUUUAGGGGUGUGUGUGUGUGUGUGUGUGUGUGUGUGUAUCUUUGUGUUCAAGGAGAAGGUAAAAUGGAGAAGAUUGUUUAGGGGGAGUGAAAAAGGAUAAUGAAAGUGCAAAAUGGAAUUUGGUCACCAUGUUAUUCUUGCUGCAGAAACCUUACACUUGAGCAGCAGAACUUGUUGCUUCCUUAUAA